UAUAGUUCCAGAGUUUCACUUUUUUUUCUUUUCUUUUCUUUUUUUUUUUUUUUAGGGAAACUAGGCAAAUGAGAAUUGGGUUUUUCCUCUACCUCUAAAUAAAGACAGAAAAUGUCCUUGUUUAUGAUAAAAUGUGUGCUGUAGGCUACUUUGUAUAAGAAAUCUGCUAUAGGAUUUAUUACUUAUGUCUAGUACAGUUCUACCUAAAAACUCGAUCAUUUCAGUCGAAGUAGCUCUAUAAGACUCCUCAUAGAUCCUUUUGAAAGCAAAAGGUUUCAAAGAAAUUUCAUGUUCACUGUGUAUGCUUUGUGUUAGAAAGCUGUGGAGCAGGAUUUUCAAACAAAGAUUAGCUUUGGGGCAUCUUCUCAAAACCUGAAUGUUUAGUGUCUUGGUGAAGAGCAAUGGAAUUCCAGAGAAUCCACUAAAAACUAGGCUUUGGGGCCCAGUUCUCAACCCACCCACAUCCAUGGAACAGUCCAGGUGGAAAGAGUCCUAAAUAAUGGCCUCAUUUUUUCAGCUCCAAACAGAAGGUGCCCCAUCCCUAAGCAUUUUAUGUGGGACUUUUCAAUGGGAAAAUGCACCUUACUUAGUAUCACUGUGGCCCGACGUUUUGUCUACCUUGUGAAGUGCACAGAUUGCUAACUAUGCACUCAGAGCUCCACUAGAGAGACAAUUAAAUUAAAACAACCAAAAGUAACCCAUCAAUUAAAUUCCCACAAGGGGCUGGCUUCUCCUGAUUUCUAAGAGAGCCAUAACUUUCUUUUAGGAAAUUUAAGGGUGAAGUAAAUACCUCUUUACACAUUUUAGCAAAUAAAGCCCCAAACAAUAAGUUUGACCACUGCUUUUGAAAAGGUCAAUUAAUAUAGCAUAUCAAUACCUUAGAUCUUCCCAUGGAUUCAGAAAAUAUAUGACAGAUCAUAAUACACCAUCUCUCAUAUAUCUCGUUUAGUCAUUCAAAUAUUUAUUGAGUAAUGGCUAUAUAAUCUCAAAAUAUUUAGAAAUGAAGGCAAGCUUAAGAUUUCUAAUAUUUCUUUUUCCAGACACUCCUUUCUUCCCUUUUUCUACUAAAAGAUUUAGCACUGAGUUGGUGGUUAUCUCCAAAUUCCAAAUUGUUCAAGCUGAGAAAGGCAAAAAGUAGAGAUGGUUGACUGGCUGCUGGUUAGGGUUUCUUUUGAGAUACAGAUUUAUGCGCUGUCUUAAACAUUGCUUUUUACUUGUGUGUUGUCUUCUUGCUCUUCUAGAAAAAAAAAGAAAAACUAUCCAAGAUGACUGUCACUUACUCCAGUAAAGUAGCAAAUGCGACUUUUUUUGGAUUUCAUAGGUUACUCCUCAAGUGGAGAGGCAGCAUCUACAAACUACUAUACAGGGAAUUUAUUGUUUUUGCUGUACUUUACACAGCAAUAAGUUUUAUGUACAGAUUGUUACUUACAGGAGCCCAAAAACGUUACUUUGAAAAAUUAUCAAUUUACUGUGACAGAUAUGCUGAACAAAUUCCAGUAACCUUUGUGCUUGGGUUUUAUGUCACUCUGGUGGUGAACCGAUGGUGGAACCAGUUUGUGAAUCUGCCCUGGCCAGACAGGCUGAUGUUCCUCAUCUCCAGCAGUGUUCACGGAAGUGACGAGCACGGGCGCCUGCUUAGGAGGACACUGAUGCGCUACGUCAACCUCACGUCCCUGCUCAUCUUCCGCUCGGUGAGCACGGCUGUGUACAAGAGGUUUCCGACGAUGGACCAUGUGGUUGAAGCAGGUUUUAUGACAGCAGAUGAAAGAAAAUUAUUUGAACACCUCAAAUCUCCUCAUCUGAAAUACUGGGUUCCAUUCAUCUGGUUUGGAAAUCUUGCAGCUAAAGCCCGGAAGGAAGGUAGAAUCAGAGACAGUGUUGAUCUGCAAUCAUUGAUGACUGAAAUGAACCGAUUUCGCUCCUGGUGCAGCCUCUUAUUUGGUUAUGACUGGGUUGGGAUUCCGCUGGUCUACACCCAGGUAUCAAAUACUUGGCACGUGAUUUUUCUUUCUACUUGCCCACUUUGGCAUGCUGUCUCUCUCGGGCAGCCAGCGCUGUGCUCUCACUCGGGUUUCUCUCUGUUUCAGGUUGUCACGCUAGCUGUCUACACCUUCUUCUUUGCGUGCCUGAUUGGACGCCAGUUUUUGGAUCCCACCAAAGGCUACUCAGGGCAUGACUUAGAUCUUUACAUUCCGAUCUUUACUCUCCUACAAUUCUUCUUCUAUGCAGGAUGGCUCAAGGUAGCUGAGCAACUUAUCAACCCUUUUGGAGAAGAUGAUGAUGACUUUGAAACUAACUGGUGCAUUGACAGAAAUCUGCAGGUCUCCCUUUUAGCCGUGGAUGAAAUGCACAUGAGCUUACCCAAAAUGAAGAAGGACAUUUACUGGGACGAUUCUGCUGCUCGACCACCGUAUACACUGGCAGCUGCUGACUACUGCAUACCCUCAUUUCUGGGGUCAACAGUUGAAAUGGGGCUGUCGGGGUCCGACCUGCCUGGCGACGACUGGCUGUGGGAUUACGAGAAGCAUGGCCAUCGCCGCUCCAUGAUUGGAAGAGUCAAGAGGUUCCUGAGCACCCACGAACGCGCCUCCAGCCCCAGGAGGAGAAGCUACAGGAGACAGGCCAGCGACAGCUCCACGUUCUUACCCCCGGGCGACCUCAGCCCAGCCAGGGACCUGCUGCACGUGCCCUCGAGAAGUCCCCACCAUGCCUCAGCCACCUGGAAGCACCCCUGCACCCCAGAGGGGAGCCCCAAGCUGCACGCCAGCCUGGGAGAGCUGCCCACCCUCCGACAGGCCAGCCUGACUCCACCGUCCAGUGUGAGGGGCUACCCCGCCAAAACGCCGCGGGUCCCUGAGGUACUGGUCACAGCAGCCGAAGCGGCAGUGUCCAGGGCAGAGGAUGACCACCACGACUCCACUGCCUCUAUCCAGAGCUCUGACUUCACCGGGGUUCAGCCGAGCAGGACUGGGAAGCAGGACCCUGUGGGGUCAGUCCCGUUCCCCUCAGAGAAAGGGGCACCUUCUAGGGACCCCAGUUCCCAGACUGUUCCAGCCAAAGCUGAGAGAAACCUCCUCCAGUUUGCCUCUGAGGAGGACACUCAUGAGAGUGACACGUCCCCAGAAAGGUGGAGCCUCCCGAGGUUGGUGGAGUCCAGCCGCACCUCCCUGGCAGGCCUAAGUCCGGAUCCCGUGAGCCCUGAGCCAGUUCCUUUACUUGACACAGAAACAUCCUCAGAGACCGGUGGAAUCAACAUUGUGGCUGGUUCUCGAGUCUCUCCUGAUGUGCUGUAUUUAAUGGAAAACCUGGACACCAAGGAAACGGAUAUCAUAGAGUUUAACCACGAGCAAACGGAGGAGUCACCCAAAGGAAGGCCAGAAAGUUCUAGGACCUGGCUCUAGCCUAGAUUCUUACUUUCCCAAAAGUUCAAGUAUUAGUUCCAGAACAUACCUGGGGGCUGGUCAAUUUUUUUUUUUAAAUGAUCAUACCGUAUAAGCUACUUAAAACUUUGAAGGGCAUUAUGAUCCUGACUUUUUGAGACCUGAGAAAAUCAAACACAUUCACGCCACCCACUACAAAGUGACUUUCAUGGAAGUUACGCAGACCACAGUGAGGUAUCUUAACCAAAUAAGGAAACUUAAAUAUAUAAAUAUAUAUGCCUUAUAAAUUCAUAGAUUGUUAGCUUUGCAAAGGGCUUUAUAGAUCAUGGUCCAAUCCCCUAGUUUUGCCAAUAGAGAAA